CACCGCCAACCUAACAUCAACAUCCAUCCAUCCCACCCCCCAACCUAAACCGCUUCGUCUUAUCCCUUCGACUCCACUCCGCCGUCGCCCACACCGAUUCACCGUUGAUCACAGCGCGCGAUAAGGAGAGUGCUUCGCUGCAUCGCUCCUCCAUCUUCUGUCACCUCCGUCGUCGAGCUCUUAGCCUAGCAUCAAGCCCGCGACUCGUCCUGCAACCCGUCUGGGGCGCCAUCAGUCAACAACAUGGUGACGGGAACUAUCAAGUGCGUAGUCGUCGGUGACGGUGCCGUUGGAAAGACAUGUCUCCUCAUCAGCUAUACAACAAAUAAGUUCCCCUCGGAAUAUGUGCCGACAGUUUUCGACAACUAUGCCGUCACCGUCAUGAUCGGUGAUGAGCCCUACACGCUCGGCCUGUUCGAUACUGCAGGACAAGAAGAUUACGACCGUUUACGUCCGCUAUCAUACCCCCAGACCGACGUCUUUCUUAUCUGCUUCAGCGUUGCAUCGCCCGCCUCGUUCGAAAACGUGUCCCAGAAAUGGGCCCCCGAAGUCAACCACCACUGCCCCGGCGUGCCCUUCCUCAUCGUCGGAACGCAGAAGGAUUUGCGCUCCGACAAGGAACUGAGGGACAAGCUUGCCCAGCGCAAGCAGUCAAUGAUAGAGUUCAAGCAGGGAGAGAAGCUUGCCCAGGAUCUUGACGCCGUCAAGUACGUCGAGUGCAGUGCGCUGACGCAGGAAGGACUCAAGAACGUGUUUGAUGAGGCCAUCGUUGCGGCACUGGAGCCGCCUCAGAAAAAGACAAGUAAAAGGGACAAGAAGUGCUUGAUUCUGUGAGACCGGGAUACUCCUGCAGUGAGGAAUG